AGUAAACCAUCCCAGAACUACACUGCCAACUCGCCAGCGAGUAGCCAACCGUCACCGGCUAAUCAGCCGCAGCACUCGCCGCAUUCGCCCAUUGUAAUUUCGCAGCUGUCGCCGGGGAUUCACUCGCCGAGCGUGCAUUCGCAGCACAGCCCUACCGUGAACUCACCCCAAUUGCAAUCACCCAACGCGGCGCUUCACUCACCCGGACUGGGCGUUACCUCGCCCCAAAUGAGCGUGCAUUCGCCUCAGAUGAGCGCGCACUCGCCGCAAGUCAAUUCGCCAGGCGUGCCGCAACACUCGCCCAACAUGAACGUGAAUUCGCCGCUCCAUGCUCAGGUUAAUUCCCCUGUUAAUCCAGCCAGCGUGGAAUCUUACCACGCCCAGCAAGAGGAGAUGCCUGUAAACGAAAAUAAAGGACAACAAAACGGUAAUAAUCAGGCAAUAUUUCCUGUCAAAAAACGAGCUUUCGUCGAAAACGAUCUGGGACAGUUUGGAACGGUACCCAACGAAAUGGUCAAUAGAAACAUGCAGCUUGGUCAGCAGUUAUCGAUUCAUCCGAAUCCGAGCAACGAUCCAGAACCGAAACAGCAAAUCGACGUUCAGGGACUGUUACAACAAAACCCAACUGGCUACAGCAUCAACAACACAUGCAGCAUCAGAAACAAGCCCUGUUGCGGCAGGCAGUAA